AUGUUAGUAAUCGAUAAUACCCUGUACGGUUGGCUAUGUGUGCUUAUCUUGUUGAUAACACAGCUCGAUCAAUCGCUGGCGUUUGGCGCGUCGCGUGUUGAGGCCUUCAAGCGGCGACUGCGUCGGCAAGUGGCGCCGUCUCUGCUACUCGAUGACUACCUCGGCUACGAUGGCAUGCUGGAUUACAUGGAGCAGCUAGCCAAGGCGUACAGCGAUCGCGUUGCUCUACAAGAUGUGGGCGUCACGUAUGAGAAGCGCCCACUGAAAUCGUUAACGAUAACGAACGGCGAUGGGCGCGACGGCAAGAAGGCGAUUCUACUCAUAGCCGGAGCACAUGCGCGCGAAUGGCUGACACCUGUUGCUGCAUUGUACACCUUGGAGCAGCUAGUGGUUAGGCAUGAGGAGAAUGCGCACUUGCUGCACGAUUACGAUUGGAUUGUGAUGCCACAGGUCAAUCCGGAUGGCUAUAUGUACUCGCGUAAUGUGGACAAAUUGUGGCGAAAUACGCGGUCGCCGAACGGCUUCAACUGCUUCGGAACGAAUAUUAAUCGAAAUUACGAUAUUGGCUGGGGCCAGGGCUAUGCCGAGCUAAACGAUUCCUGCACCAUGCACUAUGCCGGCAGCAAGCCCUUCUCGGAACCAGAGACGCGAGCGGUGCGCGACAAAAUGCUCGAAUUGGUCCAGAGCAAACGUGGGAUGCUGUUCAUCACACUGCAUUCGCAUCACACCAGCAUUUUCUAUCCCUGGGUAUACAAGAGUGACACAAGUGAUAAUGAUAACGAUUUGCAUGAUGUGGCUGAGGCUGGAGCCGAGGCCAUUUUCAAUGCAACUGGCACAAGAUUCACCUAUGGGCAGUAUGGCAAGGAGGAUACGUUUGGGGGCACCAGCUUGGACUAUGCCUAUUCGAUAGGCUUUCCGCUUUCCUAUGCAUUCGAAUUGUCCGGUGAGCGAGAUGGACUCACCUUUGACUUUUGGCCACCAAAGAACCUGCUGAAGGACUUAGCUGACGAGUCUUGGGUUGGCAUCAGUGCCAUGGCCGAAAAAGCCAUUGAACUCCAGUCUCCGGAUAGACCUAUAACUGUCGCUAAGAAUAGCUCUAGCUCGUAUAGCUUAGCUAAUAUGAUGAAGAUUAUAUUGCUUAUGACGAUUAUAACGGUGCUCUCUCGCUAACCAGUGUUGGUUAACAACCUAAAAGUUGACUUAAGUCGUCCAUUUUUAACUUUUU